AUGCUCACCUGGAAGGGGUGCACCUCGAAGCCGAAGGGUCCCAGCGCGGUCUGGAUCCGGCGCUCCAGCUCAGUAGCCGUUGACUCCAUCGUGUAGGCACUGGGCUCCUGGCUGCCCGCGCACUUCUGUUCACAGCUCCCACGGGGCGCCGCGGCGAGCGCGCUCCCUGCUGGGAUACGUAGUCCGUUGCGCAGACGCGCUAGGCCAACGGCUCCGCAGCGCGGCGGCCUGGGCUUCCUGGCAGGCUUCGCGACUGACGUUGGCGGGUGGGGCGCGCGUACAGCCUGCUGGGAGUCGUAGUUCGGAAGCCGUGCCAAGCCCGUUAUGGCCGCGGGAGACAAACUCGGUGUUCCAGGAGGCCCCGCGGCGGCGCCGGCGCGCUAGGUUUGAAUUGGGUAGCGUCGGCGGGGGCGAAUCAGGGGCCAUGGCUCCGGUGGCCGGGGGCCGGGCGGCGGUGGCGGCGGGCUCCGCGUUUUGGAGCCCUCGCUGAGUCCCGUGCGUCCCGAACCCCGGCUUCCGCGGCAUCCCCGGGUCGAGCCCCCGCCGCCGGCCCCGCCUCCCACUCAGUCUCGGCCUGGCUCCGCGACAGGCCCGGUCUGGCCCUAGGAUAGCCUUGCGCAGCCCGCUCGCUGCUGGGGCCAGGCCCGGCGCCCCAGCUCAGCGCCGCUCGCCGGCUGGAGCCCUCGGGCCCCGGCUGCGGCCUGCCGCCUUCCACCCUGGAGCCGCCGCGCCCGAUAUUGUCCCCGGCGUCCGAGGACUCCAGCUGGGCUGAGAAGCUCGACUCACUGCUGCAAGUCACCGACGGCAAUGUGGCCCGGAUCAAGCAGCGUCUCUGCCCCCUUGGCGUCUCUUCACCAGGCAAUUCCAGCCUGACUCCUUCUGGGUCCUGGAUGCCCUGUUCUAAUCCUGAAGGGGAACUGCCUGGUCACGUCUGGACCCUGGAUCCCCCCUCUGAGGGGCAGGGCUGGGAUGAUGCCUGCUUUUCCUUGUCGAUGUGGGAUGAAAUCACCACUCUCCGGAGCCAGCUCCGGACCCAGGCUCAGGUGACAGUGCUGAUGAGUCAGGCUGUACAGGGCCUGAUGGAAGACAGGGAGCGUCAGAGAUGUCAGAUUGAUGACCUGGAAGAGGAGCUGGGCCGGCUGCGAGGGGCCCCUGAAGGGCGAGCGAGGUUGGAGCAACGCAUAGAAGACCUGAAUUCAGAGCUGCAGAGCCUACGUCGACAGCUGCAGGCCCGUCCUGGGGAGGCCAGUGUGACCGCCCUCUUGCGCCAGGAGCUACAGAAUGAUCGCCAGCUGCUGUGGGAGGAGUAUGAGACCGUUCGAGGGGAGCUGAAGCUUCUGCGGGACCAGCUGGGCCAACAGCAGGAGUUAUUACUGAGACAGAUGGCUGAGGCCAGGCAGGCUCAGGGGCGGAGCUGGAAGGUGCUGGAGCAGGUACAGAGCGAUCAGGAAGGCCAUAGCCGGGUGGUGGACGCUGCCAGGGUGGAGGCCCAGGAUGUUCAUCGGGAGAUCGAUCUUGUCAGGGCCAUGGUAUGUUCUUUGCAGGCCCAGGUGCGAGGGGAUCACCCACCCCGGCCAGAUUCUGCGAUCUCUAGCUCUGACCUGAGCCUCUCAGACAGUGACAGCAGCUGGGACAUACCUUCUCGGAAGACAGCUAUGCCAGCAGACCUCCAGAGCAACAAUGAGUCCAGCACCGAUUCCAGCAUGGAGCCCAGCACGUCCAGGCCUCCUGUGAGGAGCCCCCAGACAGCUGAGCAGUCAAGCAAGGCACCCAAGCGGCUCCUUAGUGACCUGUGAAUGGGCUGGCUAGCACUCCAUGCCUUGGAGUGGUGCAGGACAAAGGAAGGGCUUCUGGGCAGAGUGAAACAGCUCAUUCCCAGCAGCCUCCCCUUCCCCCAGGGGCCUUGAGUGGCUUUCUUGAGAUUUCUUGAGGGGCUGCUGGCCCCAAAUCCCUGCACUCUGCUCACUGGUUCCUCUCUGUUCCUCCUCUUCAUCUCCUCUAAGAUUUCUUCCUUUCCCCUAUCCUUCAAAUCUGCAAUAAAAAAUGUUAACUAUG